AUUAACAAAAUUCAAAAUAAUACAACUCCAACAGUAAGACACAGGGAGUACAAGGCAGCAGGACAAACAUCCAACUUUCUUUUUUGGUACUCUGAAAAAGUUGAGGUUAUCUACAAGCACCAGGGGCAGACUCACCAUUUGGAAACUCGGGCACUGCCCAAGGGCCUGGGGUCAGUAGGGGGCCCCUUGAGAUGCCCCUGGUACCUUUCAAAGGCUUUUUUGGGUGUGGUUUGAGUGUGGGCGAGGACACAGGGGCCCCAUGAUCCCCUGUUGCCCGGGGGCCCCAUGAGUUGUCAGUCCG